GUUGAUCACCAUAAGCAGAAAUGGUAUUCAGUGAAAUGAUUCAUCAAUUAAAUUACGUGGUGUGUACCGGCAUCGGCGUCGUGCGCGAGGCACUAGCAUCUCGGCGGUGAUAAUCGGCUUGGAAUGAGCGAGAAGCAAAGAGUGGGCCGAGUGACGCCGAACGAGUCUCUGACAGCGUUCGAACGUGAGGCUAUUUAAAACUGUGCGCAGGCCCCUUGGCGCCGAGUCGACAACUAAUGAUCAGUGCUGCUCUGUCUGCCAAGUGCGUUACAACACAGUGAAUUGUGUUUACAGAAGAAACGAUCCUGCCAGUGUUUGUUUAGUUUCAGCAGUUCCUACGACACACGUGAAAAUGGCUGAUAGUGGUCUUAAGAGAAACAUCCCCAUCAAGCUUGGUGAUUUUUCUGUUAUCGACACCGAGUUCUCGAGUAUUAGAGAAAGGUUCGACGCCGAGAUGAGGAAGAUGGAAGAGGAGAUGAGCAAAUUCAGAUCAGAACUCAUGAAUAGAGAAAGCAAUAACUUCUUCAAGAGCACAACAAGCUCGACGACAUCCACACAACACAGCGAUAGCAGACAACUGGCUGAGCCCAGCCAUUGGGACAGUCUCAACUCGCCUCUGAUCCAGGAUGAAGGCGAUGGCAAAUCUCUGAAGCUGCGUUUCGACGUCAGUCAGUACACGCCGGAAGAAAUCGUCGUCAAGACAGUUGACAACAAACUAUUGGUGCACGCAAAACACGAAGAGAAAUCGGACACCAAGUCAGUGUACAGAGAGUACAACAGAGAAUUCUUGUUGCCUAAAGGCACCAACCCAGAGGCCAUCAAGUCGUCGCUCUCCCGCGAUGGUGUACUCACCGUGGAAGCGCCCUUGCCACAAUUAGCCAUCACCGACAGAAACAUCCCCAUCCAGAAACACUGAGUGAAUGUCCAGCUCGGAAUCCACAGCAGCUAUUCCAAUACUGUUAAUAAUUUAUUUUUAAUUUACGUCUUAUUUUACUGUAAGGAGUAUUGGCGAUUGUCUCAUAUUUAUUUUUAGAAUCUUAUAGAGAAUCUCCAAAUUGAUUAACACUUACAUUAUAAUCGGUCAAUUAUUUGGCUAUUCCAUUCGUUCAUUGUAGAGCGCAGUUGCGUUUCGCACUGUUCACGUUGAAUGUUGCUUUAGACAUGGCUUUCACUGUGAUUGUUAGGAAUCUGUGCAUUGUUUAAUGCAUUUCCCGAUAUUAUUUUGGAUAUUAUGUUAUUAGGAAAGUGUGUAGAAAUUUAAGAAUUAUAUUUGUGGUUAUUUUGGAACAAACACGCAAAAUAUUGAGAAAAUCUUGGGCCUAAGUAGGAGCUUAUAUAACUUGUUGAUUGCAUUGAAUAUUUAAAUGUAAAAAAGCAAUAAACUGAAAAUAAUUGGCUAUGACAACGACGAUUGGAAAAGUGUCUUAAUUGUAAGUAAAUAAUAAAGUCCAUUUUGCUUAACAUUACCUGCUAUUGGCAGCGUUAACUAGCAUGUUAUUUCGAUACACAAACUUAACAGCUUUUAACUUGAUACACAUUUAUAUUUUAGUACAAACAGUUGUUACAAAAGUUUUAAAUGUCAAUAAAAUAUAAAACCAA